GACAUUUUAUUGACAUUUACUAUUUUGAACGUGUACAAUUUCGAAAAGGACAUGUCAGACAGUAUGGAACGAGAUAAACAUGAAUUAUUAGCAGCUAAGGCAGAAGAAACAGAAGAAAUGAAGCGGGAGCUUCAAGAUAUGAAAAUGUACGAGUCAUGGUAUACGUACGAAUACAUGAAACAGAUCUUAGGCUUUAUUAAUGAGUCAAAGGAUAUGGCAAAUGUGACCAACAAUGAAAAAUAUUCGCAGAAGAACUCAUUACAAUCUUCAAAUGAUUGCAACUCAGAAACAAUGUCUAAGAAAAAUGCAGCACAAGAAUUGGAGAUACAGGAACAUAAUGAUACAUCAUCUGGAUCAAUACACUUGUACAAAUCUAAUCAUGCAUCACCUAUAUUCGAUGGAAUAUCCACUCACAGCUGUAGCAGUCCAGAAUCUGCAGCUACAAGAGCUGAAGCAAAAAACUCUACAUACAGGAUGAAAAAUUUGGAUAAUGAAGACAUGCUAGAUAAACUGCAUGAUAAUCCAAAUACAAGAGACAGUUAUUUGAACAGAUACAUUUCACUGAAAUUAAAAAACACUUCCCAAGAUCUUCAUAGUACGCAUAACGCGGAAACGAAAGUGGAAGUACACUCGGAACGCGAACAGAAGUUGGAACGGUGGCAAAUUAACCCGCUCGAUGCGUAUGCCAUGGAAAACGAUGUGCCUUUGCAAGAACCAGAAAGACCUUUAGUGCAAGAUCGCAUGCCGUUUAGAUUAUGCAGAGAGGCGCAAACGUCUAAGAACGUCGAGAAACUUAUGUCUGCAAUAAACAUUCACUUGAAACAAACAGCAGAAUUGUGGCAUAGUUCGCAUCGGACUGCCGACUCUAAGUUUCAGUGGGGGUCACCCAUUCAGGUGGGAGUUGCUAAAGGUAGUUCGGACAAAAAAGCAUUAACGAACAUUAAGACUGAAGAGAAUCAAAUGGAAUGUACAAACAAAUGUAACACUGAACGACCUAAUAAACGUAAAUCUACCGUGGCCCUUUCGUCUUCUAAUACAGCGCAUUCCAGCAGCGACGAAGAUGAAAAAAUAUUUAAAAAAAAAAAAACCCAACCUUCUCAAGAGACUAGCAGAGUAUUACGUCCACACAAAGGAACAUGCGCUGUUACGAACGAUAAACAUGAACAUUCGGAUGAUACUGACAAUAUUAGCAAAGAUUUUGAUAAUAUGGAAAUCGUAAAUUCACAAGUAGAACAAAGAGAGGAAUGCUUGUCCCCUGAAUUACUUUCUUUAUACACACAAACGAUUACACCUUUAAAUACUAAAAAAUGUAUUAAUAAUAAGAAACAACAUAGCGUUAAUACACCAGUCAAACAUAUAGCAGAACACGACACCAACGUGGAACAAUGUCCUAUGGAUAUGAUGCCUAAUGAAAAAUGCGAUAUUCUCACGGACGAAGAACUUCUUGCAGAAUUGGAGAAAGAUACAGCUGAUGCUGGUAUCAAAGUAACGCCUAAAAAUAUCGAAAUUAAACCGCUACCGAUGAAAGGCUUUUCGCGUAGGCUUCGACACGAAUGCAUGGUUUUGGAGAAACUUCAAAUUGAAAAACAAAAGAAAAUUGAAAUUGAAAAGGAAGAGCUUCAAAAGAAAGAGAUCGAGGAGAAAAAGAAGAGAGAAGAGUUUUAUAGGAAGCAAAUAGAAGAGAGCCACCAGAGGGAAAAGCAACUGGAAGAAAUAGAAAAAUCCAGAAAGGUGAAAAGUAAGAAAUGGAGUAGUCUGAUGCGUAUGAGGUUACGGGAAAAAGAAUGUAAAGACAACUCACGUGGUUUACGCGAACAGAACGAGAACAAGGUGUUUGAGAUCAUGGAGGAGAACAACCUGUUUCAGGAUAACUGUACUUCAAAAGGUAAUUCAACGAAGAAUAUAAAUUGUCCUAUCUGUAAUCAGUCUUUUCCGAGCGAUAAAAUAGAAAUACAUGCCGCUGAAUGCGAACAAUACAUAACCGAUAGCGAGGACGAAAAUAAUGCUAAUCUAUUCGAAAGUAAAGUAAUGUCAAAAAAUAUUAACUAUGAAGUUCUCGAACGUGGUGGUUCCUUAAUCUAUAGUACAACCAAUCGCGCACAUUACGAGGAACAUGUUAACAAUUGUCAACAAAUGCAACAUGGUGAAUCGUCACCUGGUAAAAUUACAACUGAUAAGCCUGAACAUGAAAUUACAUUUCCUGCAACGGUACCAGGAGGAAUUUAUACAGAUUUGACCAGAGCAAAUAUCAUACCAGAUAAUUUUAUUGGAAGUAAUGAUGUGAACCACCGGUGGAUUGGUAAUCAAUCGGUUACCUAUAAUAAUAAAUUUUAUGUAAAUAAUACUUUGCUAAGUGCUCCUAAAGUGAUGCUGAUUUUUCAUGGCUUAGAUACAUUUGCCACAAUAUAUUUAAAUGCUCAAGAAAUCGCGAAAACAUCAAAUAUGUUUUUACGAUACACGUUUGAUAUUACAAAGCAGUUGAAGACGGGGGAAAAUUUAUUAACAGUUGCCUUUACUUCUGCUGUUAAAGAAGCUGCUAAUUUAUACAAUAAACAGGCAUUGAAAUAUAUUGUUCCUCCAGUAUGUGUUCCAGGCACUUACAAUGGAGAAUGUCAUGUUAAUCACAUAAGAAAAAUGCAAGCAAGUUUCUCAUGGGAUUGGGGUCCAGCUUUUCCUUCUAUGGGCAUUUGGAAAAGUGUAGAAUUAGUUCCAGUAAACGAUCUCUUUAUCACGGAUAUUUCGACAGACAUUUUUAAAGAAAAAAAUUUUUGGAAUGUCACACUAACAGUGUUUCUUAAUACUACAGUACAAAAAUAUGACGACUCUAUACCAUGCCACCUUUCCUCUAUUCUCUUUGUUAACGAAGAAAUAACUGUUAGCAAUGUUAGCAGUUUUGUUUUAAUGGGAAACAGUAAAUAUGUAAAAUCUGUCAGCCUAAAAGUACCCGUGGAACUUGUACAUAAAUGGUGGCCAAAUGGUUAUGGGAAUCAAACUCUUUAUUCCCUGACUGUAACUGUAGCUACACCUAAUACUGUCAAACAAACAAAAAUACGCGUUGGUUUUAGAACAGUAGAGCUCGUCCAAAAUCCUCUUGAAAAGGGACUGAGCUUCUAUUUUCAAAUAAAUGGAAUUCCUAUAUUUGCAAAGGGUAGCAACUUUAUCCCAAGUAGCAUUUUUCCUGAACUGAGCGCUGAGGUAGAUACAGUUAAACGUUUAUUAAUGUCAGUUAAAGAAGCAAACAUGAAUAUGAUUAGGGUUUGGGGUGGUGGAUUGUACGAAUCUGAGUUAUUUUAUAACAUGGCUGAUGAGUACGGAAUUAUGAUUUGGCAAGAUUUUAUGUUCGCAUGCGGAAUGUAUCCUACUACAGAUACGUUUCUCGAUUCGGUUAAAGAGGAAGUCAUACAAAACGUACAGAGACUAAAACAUCAUGCUAGUAUCGUCCUUUGGGCUGGGAACAACGAGAACGAAGCAGCUUUAUAUGGGAAUUGGUAUGGGACAGGCACUGGACAAAUAUACAAAAAUGAUUAUGUUAAACUUUAUGUAGAUUUGAUAAAAAAAUUAGUAGAGCAAUUGGACUCUACUCGCCCGUUUGUAGUAUCUAGCCCUAGCAAUGGAUUAUAUACAGAGGAGUAUAACUAUACUGGGGAAGAUCCAUAUUCGAAGUUGUAUGGAGAUGUUCAUUACUACAACUAUCUCAGUAAUGGAUGGGACAUGCACCAAUAUCCUCGCGCAAGAUUUUCGUCCGAAUAUGGCUUUCAAUCAUUACCAUCAAUUUACACUAUAUUGCCAAUCACAGAAACAGAGGUUGAUUUGAAUAUAGAUAGCGAUUUCAUAAAACAUCGUCAACAUUUGACAUUAGGGAAUACGUAUCUAAAGUUUCUUAUUUCAAAGAACUUGAGACUACCUGAAACUCAGAACAGUACGAGAGAUUUUAUUAAUUUUAUAUAUUUGAGCCAAAUCAAUCAAGCCGUUUCGGUGAAAUUGCAAACAGAAUUUUAUCGACAAUCGAAAUCCUCGUUGAAUGAAAUAGGAGAAGGAAUGACAAUGGGUGCUUUAUAUUGGCAAUUGAACGAUGUUUGGCAAGCUCCUUCGUGGUCUUCUAUAGACUUUGAUGGACGAUGGAAAAUGCUUCAUUACUAUGCUAAAGAUUUUUUCGCGCCCAUUAUAGUUACGUAUUAUGUUAGAGGGACCAACCUUGCAAUUUAUGUUGUUUCUGAUAAAUUGUAUCCAGUAUUAAAUACUUGUUUGGAAGUAAAUCUUUAUACGUGGAAUAGUAUGAUACCCGUACAAUCUCAUGUUCACUGCAAUAUAACUGUGGAAGCAAAUGCGGUAACUAAAAUUCAUGAUAAUAUGCUUGAUUUAUGGAUCCUGAAUUCCCAAUCACUCAAUGAAUGCAAGUCUAGCACAACUACAAAAACCAAUUGUAUUACAAUGCUUAUUUUGAAAGACAAAGCUGGAUCUCAGAUAGCACCAACAAAUUAUAUAUAUCCAACCACUCUAUUAAAAACUAUUGUCUUGCCAGUAGCAACUAUCUCUGUAAAAAUAAACGAUAAACACUUACCCGGAAUGUACUCCAAUUAUCCAGAUAUUGAAUUCGUAUUAACGACAGACAAUAUAGCGCUUUUUGUAUGGUUGGAAUGUGAAAAUAUUUGUGGUCGAUUUUCAGAAAAUGGUUUCCAUAUGUUUGACAGAAAAAAACGCGUAGUCUUUCAUGCAUGCGAAGCGAUAACACCCAAAAUGUUCAGAUCGAAACUAAACAUUACUACACUCUCGGAUAUUUAUAAUUAAAUUUUAUGGAUUCCUUCGUGGAAAAUAUUUUUCGUGAUGUAAAUAAAGUUCAAAUCCGAUAAGAAUGAUCAGUAUAAUCAUGAUUGUGGCAAUUAUCGAUAACAUUAAAUUUGUCAUGUUGCUUGAUUGAAAAUAAAUUUUCAUUAAAUUUA